AUUUAAGAAGAAACUCGAUCAAAAGCUAGCCACGCAUAGUAGAUGCUUAAACCACCCAACAAUUAACUUAUUAUCCAAAUACUUGAUCUCAUCCACUCCAAUAAUAAUAUAAAAAUAUGGCAUAAUAAUCUAUGAAAUUAACGGCAAUCGAAGUAGUUGAAAGGGGUUUAAGGGAAGGGGGACGCUGAAGCAGAAGACUCUGGCACAGAGAGGGUGAUAUCAUCUCCACCCUCCGAUGGUUUCCCUCUCCAACUGGUUCCGCUACCUAGCCAACAAACUCGAGUAUUCUGCCUGUCUCAGCCUCAAGAGAUUUGAAGGAGGUCAAAUCACUGAAAGAGAAGUAGUUGAUAUUGUAUGGAAAAAUUUAUUUCAGGGAAAGUUGACAUACUUGCAUUGGAACAAAGGAGAGGAGAUGGUCCCAACAAUAGCAGCGCAGGGGGGAACUCUUCUUGUCCGGAAAAUACCAGAAGCUGAGCCAACGUCUGUUUUUGUUGGAGAUAUGGUGGUAUUGAAGGACCCCCAAAAAACCGAUAACUAUCUAGUCCGAAGAUUGGCUGCUAUCGAAGGGUAUGAAAUGGUAUCUACUAAUGAAAAAGAUGUGCCAUUUGUUCUUGAAAAGGAUCAGUGUUGGGUGUUAUCUGACAAUGAAAAUUUGAAGCCCAAGGAAGCCAAUGACAGCCGAAGAUUUGGCCCCUUACCCAUGACAGACAUAGUUGGUAGAGUCAUAUAUUCCCUGAGAACGGCCGUGGAUCAUGGUCCUGUGAAGAACAGUCAUUUGAGCAUGCGAAGGGAUUCAUCUGUAUUGGCAGUUGAGCUGGAUGUUGAUGAGAUGACAAAAAAUCACAAAGCAUAGACUGGUUUGAAAAAAUCUCGGAGUCAGUUGUUCUGUAUGUCCUUUAUUGAGCCCUUUGCUCAUUAGGUCUCUCUUGCUCCCUCAUCCUCUCCCAUUCUUUUCUGUGUCUCAUUUUCUGACUGAAGACUAUGACCCGGCCUCAGAAUUUUGAGUUGUAUCUGUAUUUAACACCACUUUCAAAUGACAUUGUAGUCUGGAACACUAGCUUUAGACAGCCUCAAAUGGCCACCGACUUUAUGUGGAUGCUUAUAUUGGGUCCUUA